AUGCGGUCAAGUAUUUUUAUCCUACAUAAACUACCGUCCAUUCAUACUCGAAUAUCUUUUAUUAGUCAAUUUAUUAAUACUUAUAAUACUACUACUCAUAUUCCAUUUCAAACUCGUGUUUCUCAACAAUGCAUUCAUCUAUCCAAUCUUCCAUUGUUGUCAUCGAUAGUAAAAUCCGUUCAGAAUGAUAAACCAUUACAAGAUUAUACAAUAUUAAAUAUUCAACAUCAACUAGGCGAUGUCACUGCACAAGUCGAAGCAUCAAUUGUUCUUGGUGCAUUACCUUCAAAUAUAUAUUUUCUUCCACCACCAUAUACCCAUCAUAAGGAUUUUGAAUUAUUUGUAAUAAAAAAUUAUGGAGUUCCAAAAGAAAACUUUUUUCAAUCAUCAUCAUAUCGUUUACGGUAUAAUUAUGACAAAUAUCGUUUACUUCAUGUUAUAUUUAUGUUAAAUCGAAUGAUGAAAAUGGAAUUAACGCAGAAAAGAAUGAAACAUAAUAAUUUACUUGUAUUAGAUGAUGGAGGUUGUUUUUCUGAAGCAUUAGCAAUUCUAUAUGAUAUUGAUGACGGGAAAUUAGAUCCAAAUGAAUUGGUUGAAAAUCUUCCAUUAUCAUUAAAACUACAACAAUCAGAUACGACAUGUCUCAUAUCAUAUUUUCGAUCGAUUGAAAUUCGUCUUGUUGAACAAACGUCACGUGGUUUAUUUAAAUAUGUAGAUCAACCAAAAAUAGCACUGGCAUUACAUCAACUUGGAAUAUCUAUUAUCGAUGUAGCAUCCAGUGAACCCAAAAAACGACUUGAACCUCCAAUUAUUGCUGAAGCUUCUCUGAAUAUGUUAUCAUAUUUAUUCUAUGAUGCACCACAUUAUUUACGAAUUCCAAAGCCAUCUAAAUUACAACAAUGUUUAUUGCUUGGCUAUGGAGCUAUUGGACGAGCAAUUGGUUAUGCUUUAACACAUGAGGGUGAUUUAGGAAUGUUUUCCAAACGUUUGGUCAAAGUAUGGGACAGAGAUGUUGUUAAAUGUAAAUUAGCACAAGAUGAUGGUUUUGAAAUAUUUGAUCAGUGGAAUAAGAAAGAACAAUUUGAUUAUAUUAUUGGUUGUGCUGGUCGUUGCUCAUUACCAAUAUCAUCUUUGUCAUUAUUACGUAACAAUUCUUAUUUGAUAAGUGCAUCAUCAGCAACUAUCGAAUUUCCAUUGCAUGAAAUGGUUGAAUGUGCAUUAUUCAAUGAUAGUUAUACUAAGAUACCAAUAAGUUUAUUUGAUGGACACAUUGAUGAAUUAGAUAAUGAAGAUAUACAUCGUAAUAUAAAAUUUCAAAUUGAAAAUGGACGAACUAUAACUAUUGUUAACGGUGGAAUGCCUAUUACAUUUUUAGGAUUUUUAAAUCCAACAAUACCAGAAAAAUUCGAUUUAACAGUAAGUUGUAUGAUAGCAGCAAGUAUCCAAGCUGUACAUACAAAGAAAAGGACAAAUGAUCAAAACCGUAUUAUACCACUUGAUUCGACAUAUUCGAAAUUGAUUUGUAAUUGGUUUGAUACUAAUAAAAUCUGA